ACGCGUUUCUAGGAAGUGCACGUUACACACUCGUUUGAAAAGCACGAUUGUAAAGAGUCCACUCUCCUUGCAGCUUUAACAGAAUGGAAGUCAACGGAGAAGACAGCACCUUCCUCAUAACCGGUGGAGGAGGUUAUUUUGGAUUCCGACUUGCCUGCGCUCUCCUCAAAAACUGCUCAAAAGUUGUGUUGUUUGACAUUAUGCCCCCGAAUCAAGAGUUGCCAGAGGGUAUCAUAUUCACACGAGCAGAUAUCCGUGACUACAUGCAAGUGGAAAAAGCUGUCCAGGGCGUUCACUGUGUGUUCCACAGCGCCUCCUAUGGGAUGUCCGGUCGAGAGCAACUCAACCGCAAACUGAUCAAAGAAGUGAACAUACAAGGGACAGAAAACAUCCUCCGGGCUUGUGUGGCUCAUGGUGUCCCCCGUUUGGUCUACACCAGCACGUACAAUGUAGUAUUUGGUGGUCAGGUGAUCAAGAACGGCAAUGAAAGUCUCCCUUAUUUGCCCCUACACAUGCACCCUGAUCACUACUCCCGGACUAAGUCAGUGGCCGAAAUGCAGGUGUUAAAAGCAAACGGUUUGCCAUUAAAGAAUGCCGUAGGUGUCCUACGGACUUGCGCCCUGCGUCCAGCCGGUAUAUACGGCCCUGGGGAGCAAAGGCACCUGCCUAGGAUAGUUAGUUAUAUCGAAAAUGGGAUCUUUAGGUUUGUUUAUGGGGACCCUGAUAGUCUUGUAGAGUUUGUCCAUGUGGAUAACCUUGUGUCUGCGCACCUCUUAGCUGCUGAUGGGUUAACGGAAAAACGGCAGCACUGCGCCGCUGGUCAGCCCUAUUUCAUCUCCGAUGGAAGGCCUGUCAACAACUUUGAAUUUUUCAGGCCCUUGGUGGAGGGGUUGGGGUACUCAUUCCCUACCCUUAGACUACCCAUAUCUCUAAUAUACCUCUUUGCAUUCUUGACUGAGAUGGUUCACCAUGUUGUGGGCCAGAUCUAUAACUUCCAGCCCCUGUUGACACGUACAGAAGUCUACAAGACUGGCGUCACACACUAUUUCAGUAUGCAGAAAGCACAAGAUGAACUUGGGUACAAGCCAGAAGAGUAUGACCUGGAAGAAGUUGUGCAGUGGUUUAGAAGCAAAGGUCACGGGAAAAAGCGCACCCAGUCAUCAAUAAAGAAACUAAUUUUAGAUGUUGUGCUCAUUGUGGCCUUUGCUGCAAUAGCUCUCUCCUGCCUUCCAGUUGUGGGGCAGUAAAAGCGUAAAAUGUCAUCAGUUAUAGCACUGUGCCUUAUGUGAGGUUUAUACUGAUUGGAUGUGUUAAUUACUUUGUAUUAAUGAUCAAAAUAUCUAUUGACAGAUCAAUGAAUUUUAGGGGUAUUCCAUGGUGAAAUUAGCAGUCACAAAUAAGCUAACCCUUGACAAAUGUAUUUUAAUUUCUCUUUCAUUCCUGUAAUGAGCACUGCAUGAAGUUUCAUAUGAAUUGCACAAUCAGCCAAACUCAUCUACUUAUUUCUUUCUCAUUUUGUUCCAAGCUUUAGAAAGAAAUUCAUUAAAAUUAUUAAGUAACAUAAAUGGCAAUGAUGUAGUGACCCAAAAAACAUGUUAAAACAAAUCACAAAUGAUGUGCCUUAUAUUUUAGCAUUGAUUUAAGUUGCGACACUUAAGAUGCUUUUAUAAACAUUAUUAAAAGGAGCUCCCAUGUAUGCUG